AUGUCAAUAACACAUACACGUACCACCCCUAGAGAUGAGUUUGACGCUCUUACAAGUCACAAACUUACAUCUAUUACUACUUUGGAGCAACUAGCUCGUGAAACAACCAAUGAUUUGAGAAAACUUCGAAAUACAAAACAAGUGCAAAGACAAGUGCUCAAAGCCAUGUCCCUUGCAUAUAUCGACCAACAAACAGAGGAGAAACUUCUACAGAAAAUAUCAGAAAUGGAGAACAAGAAAGAUUUGCUAACUUUUUAUGAUGGUCCUUCUGAAUUGCUAACUAAGGAGAUUGAUGAGUUGAAAUCAAAUUGGAAAGAAUUGGACAAUUUGAAGAGUAUCAAACAAGAAGAAUUGAAAUUGCUUGCUGAUGAUGUGAGUGAAAGGUAUAGAAGUUGUGAUAGGAGAAAAGCCGAGGUUGAUAAACUAAUAGAAGAAGGAGAACAACUCGAACGUGAGUUUGAGCAAUUGAUUAAUGAAGAUAAUGAAGAUAGAGAGCUAUUUGAAUUGGCAGUACAGGCGGAUUCAAUUGAUUUAGACCCAUCACAGAUCAAUAGUCAAGUUAAACAAGACGUGGAUGAAGAUUUGAAGCGUGUGACAGAUGAAAUAGAUCAAAAGGGAAGUGAAAUUGAAAACGAAAAAAAUAACAUUACAACAAUUCAACAACUAUUGCAAAGUAAGAAACGGCAUUUGGCUAAGUUGCCUACAGACGACAAUGCAAAUGACCCUGUUAGAAAUUUUUAUUACUUUUUAAUGAAGUUGAAUGAAUUAUUGGAAAUUUUGAAAGAGUAG